AUGGCCUGGUUAAUUGCCUUCGCCUCUGCCAGAGACAUUCCACCCAACGUGCAGCAUUUCUAUGACAGAGUCAGGAGCCAGAUUGAAUGCCACCGUCCACUAGCCUCGGGAUACUCCAGCUAUCUGAGCUCUCCUAAGACAUGGUCCUACUGCGGCGAGUACCACGACGACUGGCAUAUUGUAUAUAUCAGCGGCCGAGAGGGUCUUCUUGCCAACAUGGACCUCACUUGCGCUGGAGUUCCUGGAGGCGUCGCGGACACGGGAGCCUGUGCCGAUGGAUUUGAGCCCGAAACCGAUGGACCAACUGCUUUCAGGGAUCUGGUCCGCGAAGAGCACCCCAACUUGGCCGACUUGAACCCAUACGUCCAUCCUUACGUUGUCUUCGGCAACAAAGGUAGCUUUUCAGGCCAACCUGCCUUCGAGCCUCAAGAUUAUGGAAUUGUGCCAUUGAGUCUGAUUGCCAUUGUGUGCAACAGUCAGCUGAUCUACGGCUUCUGGGGUGACUACAACUCGGACAACCGCGUCGGCAGUGCAGCUGUGAGCGUCGGGACUCUUUGCUACGGCGAUGGCAACUUCGAUUAUGCCCAUGGCUUCCACGACGUUUUGUACAUUGCCUUCGAGGGCACGCAGGCAAAGCUUGGCCAACUCGAUGCCAACUGGACUGCGGAGACUCCACGAGAGUUUGAGCAGAGUAUUAAUCCGCUCGGCAAUAGGCUCAUCAACCGAAUUCUCAUUGAUGCAGCAGCCAAACCUUCUGCAAUGGUUUAUGCUUCAAUUGUCAUGGUUGUUGUCGCUCAUGUUGUCGUCUGGCUGGGCCUGACUUGA